CCCGCCGCAACCUCCACCGAACAUAUCCCCAAACUCAUCUGAAAACCCUCGCGGGGCUUCACAAGGACAGACAUAUUAUAAACAUGGCCGAUCUUGAAGCUCUUGGAGAGAAACUCGUGACCGAAGGGCCCCAUAAAGUAGAAGGCACCCCGCGCCGCGUCCGAGGAUUACUUGGUGGUAUAUAUGUCUUUGAUACUACGGAAGCAAAGUUUGUCUGGGAGCAUCCAUAUUACCCAUAUUUCUACAUUCCUCAGAACUCCUUCGCGAAAGGCGUUUUAGAGAAGCUUGAGCGGCUUGAGCCAUACACCAAGAAAGGCUAUUGGCUAGCUAGGCUGAGCGCUGGCAGGAAGAUCACCGAGCGAGUCCUCGCGUUCGAACCAUCAGGGGCACUGGGGAACCUCGUCCGCAUAGAAGUUUCCGCUCUAGAUGCCUGGUUCGUCGAGGAUGAAGUCCUCCAGGGUUCGCACCCGAAAGAUCCCUAUAAACGCAUCGAGACCAUCCCUUCUUCGCGCGAGAUCCGUAUUGAGGUCGACGGGGUAAUCGUAGCCAAGAGCUUGCAGAAUAUCUUCCUGUACGAGACGAUGUUGAGACCGAGAUAUUACCUCUCGAGCACUUCAGUGAACUGGGAGCUCUUGACGGAAAGCGAUACGACAACUUAUUGUCCCUACAAAGGCAUGGCUAAUUACUAUAACCUUAAGGUCAAUGGGAAGGAGAUUAAAGACGCUGUCUGGUAUUAUCGCUAUCCGACUGCGGAAUCGGCUUUGAUUGCAGGACGUCUGUGCUUCUACAAUGAGAAGGUGGACGUAUUCGUGGACGGCGUGAAGGAGGCUCAGUGAACAGUUCUUCUUUCUUCUCAAAGCAAAUCCUGUCCAGGAAUAUGGACUGCAGAAUAAUAGACGUGACUGUGGCUGAAUCCAAGCCGCUUUUCAAAUCUAUCAGAAAUUCAGAGAUACUUCUGUAUCCAUACCGUACGUUCUCAAGGAGCUUUAGCUUAUAUGAUGAGAGAUUGAAAGGAGAUGUGUUAGUUCUUGAAACCACUUUCGUGCUAGCAGGUAAGGGGUUAGGAAAGUUGUAAUCCUGUAUAUAUUCAGAACAGCACGGACUUCAGGUAGAAUCACCUGAUAAUCGCUGAACCGUAUAUACCCGGAUUAUUGGCC